CAAAAUGAAGUAAUAUUAAGCCAUGGAAAGCAUCACAAAAAGGAUGGCUGCAUAUGAAGGAGUUGUUCCAGAUGAAGAAAACAUUUAUCUGAGUAACCCUCACCAACCAGAGGCUUCUGCAACAAUGCAAAAUGGACGACUACAAACUCAGGAAAAGAAGCAAAGUUCCAUCAGAAAAAUCCUUGGCUUUGAAGAGCUCAUCUCUUUGAAGAUAUGGAGAGCCUCUUUGGCAGAGUUAAUGGGCACAGCAAUUCUAGCAUUUGCCCUAGACACCAUUGCCAUUUCCACUUCACAAACUCAAACAACAAUACCACUUCUUAUAAUAUCAAUCCUUACUGCCUUCAUAAUAUCAACUCUCGUUAUUGCUACAUUUCCCAUCUCCGGUGGCUUCAUUAACCCAACCGUCACCUUCGCCGCCGCACUCACCGGCCUAAUUUCCCUAUCCAAAGCCUUCAUUUACAUUUCAGCUCAAUGCAUUGGUGGCAUUAUUGGUGCCCUAGCACUUAAGGCUGUAAUCAACACCGACACUGCGAGAACUUAUGCACUCGGUGGCUGCACCAUUCGCGUCUACGCAUCCAGACCAGAAGGACCGGCGGCGACUAUGGGUAUAGCCACCGGCCGAGCCCUUUGGAUGGAGACAAUUUGUGGGUUUAUUUUUCUUUUUGCUGCUAUAAGAUCAGCGUUUGAUGAUCGUCAAGCCAAGGCUUUUGGUAGAGUCACUGUAGUUGUGACCAUCGGAGCAGUUUUAGGGCUUCUUGGGUAUGUCUCGGCGUUGGUUACUGAUGCUAAAGGCUACGGUGGAGCUGGGUUGAAUCCGGCGAAGUGUUUUGGGUCAGCAGUUGUUCGAGGUGGUGAGCUUUGGGAUGGGCAUUGGGUGUUUUGGGUCGGGCCAUUUAUUGCUUGUGUUGUAUUUGCCUUGUACACAAGAAUUAUUUCAAAGGUUCUUGUCUAAAUUGGAUUUUUAUAGGUUUAAUGGCGAAAAAAGUCAAACCUUUAUGAUUUAUUGCAAUUUAAAUGAAACUUUUUAAUUUUUAUAAUAA